GCGCCGCCGACGACGACGACGACGAUGAGGGUCACAAUCAAGACACUUCAACAAAAGGUGUUCCAUAUCGAUGCGGAUGAGACUGAGACGAUUGGCAAACUGAAGGAGAAGAUUCGGGACGCGCAUGGCCACGAUGUAAACACUCAGAAGAUUAUAUACUCUGGCAAGGUCCUCUUAGAUGACAAGACUAUCGCGUCUUGCGAGAUUAAGGAGAAGGACUUCUUGGUGCUCAUGGUGUCCAAACCCAAGCCAAACUUUUCCUCGCCUGGCCCCGCGGCCAUGCCAGCAGCAGCGACAACUUCGGCACCCACCCCACCAGCGGCUGCGGCGACUUCUCCCUCCGCCCCAACGCCUCCAGCCUCUUCACCCGCUCCUGCCCCGGUCCCGGCCCCGGCCCCAGCCGCAGCCGCUGCCCCACCGUCAACGUCCCCUGCUUCGCCGCAACACGCCCAGUCGUUCCUGACUGGCGAUGCCCUCCAGGCGGCCAUAAGCAACAUGGUGGAAAUGGGCUUCCCGCGCGAACAAGUUUUGCGCGCGAUGCGGGCAAGUUUCAAUAAUCCGGAGCGUGCGGUCGAAUACCUGAUGACGGGUAUACCGGAUCAUCUAUUAGCAGAGACACCGUCGCAACCCCCGCAAGCCCAAGCCCAGACUCCGGCUCCACCUGCAGCUGCAGCUCCACCUCCACCGAUUGCUGGCCAGACACCAGCUCCGGCUGCAAAUCAGCCCCAAAACCUCUUUCAGCUUGCUCAGCAGCAGCAGCAACAACAACCCGGUGGUGGUGGUGCUCGCCCGGGUGGUCUAGGUGCAGGUGCUCUGAGGGACCAAUCCCAGAUGGCUCAACUACGUGAGCUUAUAGGGCAAAACCCCGCGCUGCUGCAGCCGUUGAUUCAGCAGCUCGCGGCGUCUAACCCCCAGUUAGGCCAGAUGCUGGCUUCGGACCCUGAUGCACUUCUCCAGUUUCUCGGUGAUCUCAGCGGUGGGGACGACCUAGAGGGAGGAGACUUGCCCCCUGGUGUACAGGUGGUCAACGUCACACCAGAGGAGCAGGCUGCCAUUGAACGGCUGAUGGCGCUGGGUUUCACGCGGGAGCAAGCCGCGCAAGCAUACUUCGCAUGCGACAAGAACGAGGAGCUGGCAGCUAAUUAUCUGUUCGAGAACAGCUUUGACGACUGAGGGUAGUACAUAAUGCAUAAAGCAGUGUAUCGGUAGGGUAGUGGCCGUGGCUGGUCUGCAUUCCGCGUGUGAAAUAGUAUUUGUGCGUUGGACCCGC